AUGCUCAUCCCCAAUGAUGAGCACACCCACAGCCCCAUCGCGCCCCGCGCAGCAGCGCCACUUCCUGACCACGCAGAGGCUGACGGAGGAGGAAAUCGCUUUGAAGCUGCGUCGCGGCGUAGCGCCAUCCUGUCUUCGUCGCGCAGACUGCAGAGCAGCCCGACGCCGUUUCUCCAGGACCAGGAGACAGUGCAACGGCCCGUCCCGUAUCAGCAGGUGCACGCUCAGGUGCCGAACGUGAACGAGUUCCGCGCUCCAAUGACCUUUCUGCGGAUGCUCGAUCGGCGGUAUAUGCAUGAUCAGGAGUAUCUCGACCUGCAUGUUUCAGGCCGGGAUUUCUCCCAGCAGCAGACUUUUGACCAGCAGUCGUUGAAGCAGCAGCCUUUGAACCCAGAGCAUUUCAGCCAGCAGACUCCAGCUCAGCGACUGCCUGUCCAACGGCCUCUUGGUCAGGCGUCACCUGACCGGGAAAUAUUCGCUCCACAGACGCUCCAGCAGCAGUGGACACGACAGGCACUCCCAGGUCAAAUGCCCUCGGAUCACGUGCGCAUGCAGCACAUGCCGAGCCAACAGCGUGAGCAACACCUUGCACCGCAGGAUCCGGCUCCAUCUACACCGGAAGCCGCGGCGGCGUGCAUGACGAGCAAAAUGUGCACCAAAUGCUACGCGCCCUUUGACGAAGCCCACAACCACGGGAUGGCUUGCGUGCGGCACUUGGCCGACGAACCCGUAGUCGACGACAGGUCCCCCGUGUGGCAACACUGGGACGCCAGAUGCGGCGUGCCCAAAGACCAUACGCAGGUGCUCGCGCUGUUUCCGCACGCUUUCGUGUGGCGCUGCUGUGGGCUGCCCGGAGGGGCUGAGGGGUGCUUGAGUGAGGCUCACGUCGCUAAGGCAGAUCAGGACUACGUCUCGGAGGCUGCCAGCUGGGCUGCGGAUUCUAUGCAGCGUGGCCAUGGCUCUUGA